AUGGUGCAGGACGCCGCGACGGGCCGCCUCUACGUGGGCGCCGUCAACCGGCUGCUGCAGCUGGACGCCGACUUGCGCGUCGAGCGCAGCGUCGUGACGGGCCCGCGGCCCGACUCGCCGCAGUGCCACGCGGCGGGUUGCGCAUCAGAUUCGACGGUGGAAAAACGUCUCACUGAUAACUACAACAAGGUGCUCGUGCUCGACGCCGAGUCCCGCACGCUGAUCGCGUGCGGCUCGGUGGCACAGGGCGCGUGCGUCAAGUACAAGGCGGCGGACAUCUCGCUGCCGCCCGAGUUCGUCGCCAUCAGCAUCGCCGCCAACGACGCCACCUCCUCGACGUACGCGUUCAUCGGUCCGGAGCACUACAACCAGUGGGGGCGCUCCGACGUGCUGUACGUGGGCACCACCUUCACCAACAACGGCGAGUACCGACACGACGUGCCCGCCAUCUCGAGCCGCAACCUGUACACGCUGAACUUCGCCGAGUACUCCUUCUCGAAGCAGUCGCUGCUGCGCAUCGACGUCAAGUACCGCGACCACUUCCUCGUCAAGUACGUGUACGGCUUCAACGCGAGCGACUACGCGUACUUCGUGAUCGUGCAGAAGCAGAGCCCGCUGCCGGGCCAGGAGGAACUGGGCCACGUGUCGCGCCUGGCGCGCACCUGCAUCAACGACGCCAACUACGACAGCUACACGGAGGUGACGCUGUCGUGCGGCGACGGCUACAACAUCGUGACGGACGCCAAGGUGGCGGCCGCCGGGGGGGACCUCGCGGCGGCGCUGGGCGUGCGCGCCGGGGAGCCCGCGCUCUUCGCCGCCUUCUCGCCCAGCCGCGGCAUCGGGCCCGAGCCCCAGCCGCGCUCCGCCCUCUGCGUCUACAGCCUCAGCGAAGUCGAGCUCAAGUUCAACGAGAACAUCCACAUGUGCUUCAACGGCAGCAUCAAGUACCGCAACAUGGGAUACGUGUCCGGCCUCAUCCUCGACGGCAAAUGCCCCAUGGCUGGGACGACGGGCAACAUCCUCAACUUCUGCGAAGUGGGGCUGAAGAUCUCUGGCGUGGCGCCCAUCACGAGCCCGGCGGCCGUCCAGUUCCCCAACACGUCUCUCACGUCGGUCACCGUAGCCACCACCGAACGGCACACCGUCGUCUUCCUCGGCACCAGCUACGGUUCCAUCAAGAAGGUGCUGCUGACGGGUGCGGUGAACGCUGUGGAGUACGAAGAGCUACCGGUGGAUCCAGGCAACCCCAUCCUGCCCGAUACGACAGUGUCGCCGGCCGGCGACUACCUCUACGUGCUCUCCACAGCCAGGGUGACGAAAAUCAAAGUGGAGCAUUGUGGGAGCUACGGCAACUGCUCCAUGUGCCUGGAGGCGAAGGACCCUUACUGCGGAUGGUGCUCUCUCGAGAAAAGGUGUACGGUGCGCAGCGCCUGUCAGAAGGCGAGCCAUUCGUCGCCACGGUGGCUGUCGUUGGGCACAGGCCAGCAGUGUAUCGACUUCGAGCAGGUGCUGCCCGAUCGCAUACCCGUGUCUCAAGUCACAACGGUGGAACUGACAAUCCGCACGCUGCCCGAGCUGCCGGCGGGCGCGCAGUACCGCUGCGUGUUCGGCUCGUCGGAGCCGAUCGACGCGACGGUCACGGCGUCUGGGCUGUGGUGCCGCACGCCCGCCGUGGCCGGCCGGCCCACCAUCCCGGAGGGGCGCGAUCACGUGCUCGUGCCGCUCUCCGUGCGCUCCUCCGAAACCAACAAGGACUUCGUCAGCCGCAACUUCGCCUACUUCGACUGCUCGCGCCACUCUACGUGCGCCGACUGCGUGCGCUGCCAGUGGGCUUGCAGCUGGUGCGUCUACGAGAACCGCUGCACGCACAACGCGACCGCCUGUCAGCGCACUGUCAUCAGCGGCGAAAACAAUCCAGUGCAACUCGUGACCCACGGAGCCAGCUACUGCCCACGUUUCAGGCAUCCCAAGGAAGAUAUUCUGCUGCCAAACAACGUACCAAAAGAGAUCGUAUUAGAGGUGGAGAACCUUCCCCAUCCGCAAGUAGGCCACACUGGUUUUCAGUGCAUCGUGAAUAUCGAGGAUGCCAAGAUGAUGGUCCCUGCUCGCGUCGAGUCCAAUCGCUUCAUCGUGUGUGACAAAACGACGUAUUCGUACGAAGCCAACUCUGGGGAAUACCGGGCGAGUGUGACAAUCGUGUGGAAUCGCAACCACCACGUGGACAACAUCAGUGUGAUCCUGUACAAGUGCGACAUCCUGGGUUCGCACCGGGAGCACCCCGACUGCUCGCUGUGUGUGACGCGAGCGGCCAAGUACCAGUGCACGUGGUGUGGUCUCACCUGCAGCUACAGCGACAGCUGCCAGCGCACGCCCGUCAACGAGUGUCCCAAGCCCCGCAUCGACAUGAUCAAACCACUGAGUGGUCCUGUUGAAGGUGGCACCCUCGUUACCAUUGAAGGAAGUAAUCUUGGUCUGAAAGAAGAGGAUGUAAAAGGCAAAAUUCGGAUUGGAGACACUCCAUGUGAACUAAUACAGUAUGAGGUAUCUGUUAGAAUUGUUUGCCGUACAGGUCCCGCCGGUCAAGAGACUUCAGCAUCAGUUAUUGUGGGCAACGAAGCAGGUUUUACCGAGUCAGCAGUUCAUUUUAAUUAUAAGGAUGUGAAGUUAGAGGGUGUGUUUCCUCCAAUGGGACCACAGAGUGGUGGAACUCAACUUGCCAUCACUGGUCAGUACCUAAAUAUUGGAAGCAGUAUCUCUGCUUGGCUUGAUGGACUACCGUGCCAUGUAAAUGCAACUCAAGCAUCCAGCAGCCGCCUCAUGUGUACCACUUCUCGAGCCACUCAGCCAACAUGUAUUCAACGUCUCACUCUUGUUAUUGAUGGUGCCAACAGAACUCUUGAAGGAAAUCCUUUCAAUUAUACUCAGGAUCCAACAAUAAUGGAAAUAAAACCAUUAAAAAGCUUUGCUUCUGGAGGAAGAAUGAUUACUGUACAUGGGACAAACCUCGACACCAUACUGAAACCUGAAAUGGUUGUGUAUGUAGAAGAUGAACCAAAUCCAGUUAAUAAAACUGAAUGUACUGUUUUAAAUAUGGCACAAAUGGAAUGCCCAUCACCGCCUGUGAACAUGAAGUUCUGGCAGAUGUCUCGUACACGUAGAUCAGCUCACUUAAUUCCUCGCUCGUUACCUAAAUUUAGGGAAACAACACUGGCAUUACGUAUCGGAUUCAUUAUGGAUAAUGUUGAAACAGUAAAGGAUCUGGAGAAACAUUUCCAAAAUCUAAGGUCUCAGCUAUUGUACGUGGAUGAUCCCCAGUUCUUCAGAUUUCCAAAUGAAAUAAAAUUGUACAAAGGGGACACUUUAGUGAUUGAGGGAGAGAAUUUGAAUCUAGCUAGUGACGAAUCAGAUGUUAAUGUCACCAUUGGAACUCAACCAUGCAAUGUGACGUCUCUUGCUUUAACACAAUUAGUGUGUACACCACCUGAAUCACAGCCUCCGAGCACAGAUGAACUCGGCAUCAAAACAGAUGAAGGCCUCCCAUUAGUUGUUGUCCGUGUUGGGAGAAGUCUAAGGUUUACAAUAGGUUAUCUUCGUUAUGAAGUUGUCAAACCAUAUUCAUUUUCGCCAUGGGCCAUAGCAGGAAUUGCUGCAAUUUCUUUCUUUUUAAUUUUCAUAUUUAUUAUCAUACUGGUUGUGUAUCGACGUCGAUCAACUCAAGCUGAAAGGGAAUAUAAAAGGAUUCAAAUACAAAUGGAUACACUGGAGAGUAAUGUGCGUUCUGAAUGUAAACAAGCAUUUGCCGAACUGCAGACUGAUAUGACAGAUCUUACUGCUGAUCUGGAAUCUUCAGGAAUACCAACUCUGGACCAUAAGAACUACAUAAUGAAAGUUUUUUUCCCCGGUGUUAGUGACCACCCCAUUUUGAAUGAUCCAAAGGUUAGGGUAAAUGGCCCCAGGACAAAUUAUGAUGCUGCAAUGUUACAGUUUGAGCAACUAAUCAAUAAUAAAUGUUUCAUCCUAACAUUUAUUGAUACUCUGGAAAUGCAGAAAUCCUUCAACAUUCGUGACAAGGUCAAUGUGGCUUCCUUAUUAAUGGUAGUUCUCAUGGGGAAGAUGGAAUAUGCAACUGACAUUCUUAGAAGCUUGCUGUUAAGACUGAUUGACAAAUCUGUUUGUACGAAACAUCCACAGCUGAUGUUGCGAAGAACUGAAUCUGUUGUUGAAAAAAUGUUAACCAACUGGAUGGCUCUCUGUAUGUACAAUUACCUGAAAGAUUACGCUGGUUCUUCCCUCUUUUUGUUGUUUAAAGCUAUUAAACAUCAGAUUGAAAAGGGGCCAGUAGAUGCCAUCACUCAUGAUGCACGAUACUCACUUUCUGAAGAACGUCUGCUUAGGGAACAGAUUGAUCAUGGAGUCGUGACUCUCCAUGUUGUACAGGAUGAGAUAGAUGAAAAGAUUCAAUGUAAAGUUUUAGACUGUGACACCAUAAGCCAAGUUAAAUCCAAAAUAUUAGAUGCACUUUACAAGAAUACUCCCUUCUCACUGAGGCCAUCAAUCCAUGAAGUUGAUUUAGAAUGGCGGCAUGGGAGAGGAGGACAUCUGACCUUGCAAGAUGAAGAUCUGACAACUAAACCACACUGUGGUUGGAAGAAGCUAAACACUCUUUCUCAUUAUGGAGUGAAGGAAUCUGCUGUUAUGUCUCUUAUCACACGACAGAAUGGUAGCUUCAGUGAAAACUGUAAACAAUCCUGUCAGAACUGUACAGGGUCAUUCUUCCCCAAUUCUUUGUCACCAGUAAUAACAGCAAAUGGUGAUAUAGAAUCAGGAUCAAAUGUGCGUGUGUUUCAUUUAGUGAGAACAGUUGAUGAACACCAUUACCAAAACAACAAAACAUCAGAAAGAACUCAUAAAGCCAUUCCUGAAAUUUUUCUAACAAGACUUCUGUCUACAAAAGGCACCAUUCAGAAAUUUGUAGACGACUUUUUCAACACUAUAUUGACAGCAAAUGAAGCACUUCCUCCAGCAGUUAAGUGGUUAUUUGAUCUCCUUGAUGAUGCUGCUCGGAGAUACAGCAUUAUUGAUCCAGAAGUGGUUCAUGCCUGGAAAUCCAACAGUCUUCCAUUAAGGUUUUGGGUGAACUUCAUUAAGAACCCAGAUUUUAUCUUCGACAUCAACAAAACAACAACAGUUGAUUCCUGCUUGUCUGUGAUUGCCCAGACUUUUAUGGAUGCUUGUUCAACAACAGAACACCGUCUUGGGAAAGAUUCACCCUCCAAUAAGCUUCUGUUUGCUAAGGACAUACCGCAUUAUCGGGAAAUGGUUUCACAUUUCUAUUGUGAUGUUCAGCUGCUUCCACAGAUUACAGAUCAGGAAAUGAGUACAGCAAUGCAACAGUUAUCUGUGUCACAAGUUGGAGAGUUUGAUACAGUGGCAGCACUCAAGGAACUCUACAUCUAUGUGACAAAAUAUAGUGACCAGAUCUUGGAGGCUCUGGACACAGAUCCUUACUGCAAGAAGAUGCACUUGGCCCAUAAGUUGGAAAAUGUGGGCUGCACACUGGAGGGAGAAGAAACAUCAACCUGCUGACAACGAGCGUCACCUGAUCUCCUGCUGGCCAACCUCUGCUCAGAGUAGCAGAAAUUACUGUGAUAAGCACAUGCUGUGAUGUGAAGUUCACUGUUGGGAUCAGGUGACUGGUGCAUCCCAGUCUAGCCAACAACCAGAGUGCUGCAACUCUUUAUAAAAGCGCAACAGUUUCCUAACGUUGAGUGCCUCGAAAAUAAUACUGCAAAAAAAGUGUCAAAAUAUCCUGCUGAUGAACUAAAUUUGUCAGAGGAUCAACAGAGAUAUUAUUUUAAAUCUGCAUUUUUAUAUAUAGAUGAAACUUGUAGAAAUUGGUGAUACAAAAUUUUAAAUUUGUAAUUUGGUAAGUUGCUGGAAACUACUUGCCAAUAUUUUGUUGGAUUUUGUUGAGAAGAGACCAGGUAUUGACUGUCAAAUAAGUGGAGUUUAUAUGACACAUACAUUUUGGCCACUGGCUGCGCUCAGUUUGUUAGCACAGAGUAGCCAAUUUAGAGUUUAGCGGGAUGUCACGUUAGCGGCCGUCCGUGGUCCACACUCUUGUACUGCUGUUACGAGACUGAGGCCUGCAUUCUUUCAGCUGAAAGCCAUUUUUCUGCAGGUUUUUUUUCCUUGUGGGUGAUGAUAAUUUAAUGGAAGUUGUAACAUGUGUAGGAGGCUACUAGUCCAGGAGCAAGAGAUUGGAAAGAGAAGCCCCUACCAUACAUUGCAAUUUUACACAGCAGCUAAACUUAUGUACUAGGAGAGGAGUCGGGACCAAACAAGGCAAACCAUUUUCUCACUUGUGUUGAAAAGAUUAUGAGAUACCAUGAAACUAAUUCAGGUAUACAGGUCUUAAGCCCAUCCAUUACUACUGUCCCUCCCCUCCCUUUUUGAGUGGGGAUUAUAAAACAGAGUUAAUUGUUGUGUAUACUUUUUUAUGUGCAAAAUAUAAUUGACAACUCAUUGCCAUCAGUGAAUGACAAUUAUGUGUUUUUUAUAUUUGUUGCAAAUUUCAGAUUCUGUCUAUCUCCCUUUUACACAAAGCUUUACAGAAUCUCAAUGAGCUGUAGUAAUAUGUACAGUUAAAAUGCUGAUCGAAAGAACAAUGAAAGCUUGUAAAUCUGUGUGUUUGUGUUUCUGUUUAAUGUACAGUGUCUUCUCUUCAAUGUGAAACUAAGCUGUGUGCAAUAGACUUUCAGGAAAGAAAAUAUCAAAAAUGUUAUUUUUGUAAUUCUAUUCAAUUAAAACUGUUCCAUCACAUGAAAUCAUUCAAUAUCUCCUGUAGGGUACUCUUUCCUGCAUUUUCAAUGUUACUAUUUUCUUUAAUAAUCAAACAAUGUUCAGACCAUUACUUUUUUACAUUAAAAAAUAUUUUUUGUUGUCAGAAAUGUAAAUGCUGUUUUUUUAUGUAGACUCGGUGUAAUGAUUCAUUAGAACAUACUGUGAUCCCCGGUCCCUCAUGUUCACAUACAUAUAUCUCCUGUAAAUUAAUAAAUAAUUUUUUGAAACCUUUGCCCAAAUACUCAAAAUUAUGUUUGUUACAUUUGUACAUUACAGAUUCAGAUCCUUUGUGUGAUUCCAGUGUAAUGGGAUGUGAAUGGCAGUGUUUAAAUAUAUAGAAUCAAUAGUCACCUUGUACUGGACGUUUUCUGGUUAAUGACUAUACAAUAAAAUAUGUUGAAUAUUUCAUAAAA